AUGAACGAAUCCUUACUCCAACCAAACCAUGAUGAUUUAUUUUUAGAUACCAGCCCAAAGAUGGAAUCACCCAAAGUACAAUCAUUUUAUCAACAUAAUAAUAAUAGCAACAACAAGAUAAAUCAAGGACAGUUGGACAAGAAUAAUCUAAGUUUGCCAGAACAAUUAUUUUUAUUAAUGUUGCAAGGACAACAAAGAUGUAGACUUCCACCUUCAAAUGUGCCCUUUUAUCUUGGAUUUAUUGGAGUUGCAUUGGGUGAUUUACUGUUAAGAGGUAGAUUGGCUGUUGAAAAGGGAGAAGUUAAAAAUUUAAUAUUAAUAAAAGUAGUUGAUAUUACACCAACUGGAGAUGGUGUAUUGGAUUAUAUUUUAAAUAAAUGUGAUAAAUUUUCGAGUAAAAGAAGUAAAACAUUUGGAGGAAUGAUCAUGUCAAUUUCAAGAGGAUUCAACUACCAAGUCCAAAGGAAAAUAACUACAAAGAUUGGUGAACAAUUGGUUGAAAAGGGUAUCCUAGCCAAUGGUCCUGAUUCAUUUUUUGCAAAAACUUAUCUUUGGAGAGAUAUGAAUCAAAAAAGAAAACUUGAAUCAACUUGUUCUUUAUUGAUUUCACCAGAGUUUGAUAUUGAUAAUGAUUCAAUAUUUGAUGAAUCAAGAAUUAAAGAAAUAAUUUUAUUAUUAACAAUGAAACAAUAUACAAAUACAACAAGAUAUUCAAUGGUCAAGGAAUUUAUGAAAAGAAACUUUAAAGAUUCUGAUCAAAAGUCGGCUCAAGACAAUAUCAAACAUUUGGAACAAACUUUUAAAACUAUAAAUUAUUCAACACCAUACCACAAGAUGGUUUAUUGGAUAUUACAAGGUGUAAGAUAUAGUUUUGACUCAAACAGUUAA